CACACAGUUAAGCGUGUAAAAAUUAUAUUAAUUAAUUAAUUAAUGGCAGAUUUGAUUCAUGUUUGCAUGAUCUAAUGUUAUGAAGUUCAUCAUCUGGGUUUUUAUAUUCAAGGGAUUAAAUUGUGGUUUACAUGAAGAGAUGCAACAAUUUUCAGCAUUUUUAUCCGUUGACAAGUUUCCAAAUUGGGGAUUUGCAGUCUUAUCUUUCGGAACUUAGCAUUUUCUUGGCUCCUGAUAGCAAGGAAUUAUAUGUAUUGGUGGAUAAUAGACCAUGGUUGGAAGAUUUACCCUCAUCACGGCCUGCGCAUCUAUGGCAGUUGAUGGUUACCAAGUCAAGGAUGUCCCCUUUUGCAAACACAAGAGGGCAGAAAGGAAAGAAAGAGACUACGGAUUUUGUUAACAAGAAGGUGGGUUCUAAAGGUUCAAGCCAGUCCCAAAACUUGAGAAAAUGGUUCUCGGUGGUUGAUGCCGCAACACUAUCAAAAAAGAGAGCCUUGCUACCUGUGAAGAAACUCCGUAAUUCCUUGCUUGCAAAUAGCAAAUUGCACAGAACCUUGUUCGGGUUCAUUGUCUUUCGAGUGGCAUGGAAAGAUGUUCGUGGCAUCAAUUACUUAAAUGAGCUUCAGACUGAUACUUCUCUUGCUGUAGAGGCUAAAUACAUGACAAGAUGGGAGUUUGAUAGCAUAGCCCAAGCUGCUAAAUGCAUAAAUACAUGGUUUCCAGGAACACCAAAUGAACGAUUUCUUCUAGGAGAGCAUCUCAACUCUAUGCUAGGGGAUGUGUUCCAUGAUGCUCCUGGAGAAUUUACAGACUGCCAUAAUACUUAUUUUGAUGAAAACAUCAUAAAUGCUAGUGCAGAGAAGGAGAAUGGAUCUCCAUGCACUCCUCAUUCCAAUCUUGGUGAAAAUCUAGAAACUUUAGAAGACGAAACAAGUAUACCACGUACACCUCCUCCCAAGAGAAGGAAAUUAAUGAGUCCUUUAGGUAUCAACGUUGAGCGAAAAUAUUUCACACCAAUAAAGUCUUAUGAUAGUGAUUGUGAUGGAACAGCUGAAGCUACCGAGUACAGGGAUGUGUUGCUUUUGUUUCGGUUCAAUGACCAUGACCUCCCAUUCGAAUUGCAAGAGAUAAUAGUAUCUGAUUUGCGAUUGCUUACGUUAUUAGAGGCUGGACUUCCAUCAUGGGUGAUUUUCUGUCAGUCUUAUCCUGUAUUUUCUCAUAUUUAUCGUCCAUGGAUGUGCCCUCUAGCAAGAGCUCUAUAUGUGGUAAUUUCCGUGGUUACAGUGGUCAUUGGUUUCUAUGAUCUGUACAAAAAUGUUCCUGUUCUCAAGGCAACCGCAUCCCGUUUGUGUGGGCCACUUUUUGAUUGGAUAGAAACGUGGGAAAUGGUAUCAAGGAUCAAGUACUUGGGAACUAUGUUGUUUUUGCAUAAUUCUGAGAAGGCGGUUAUGUGGUUCUUGAUGAUGACACACACUCUCCGAUCAUUUGUUUCUGUUGUCACACAACCGUUAGCUGGUCCAUUUUGGGAUAUUCUUGAGGUUCUCCUUCCCGUUUGGAAUUUGUUUGUUGAGGCAGGACAAUAUUUAUGCUCGUUCAUUUGGAUUCUGACAGAAACUUCAUGGGACAUAGUCCAGAAUCUAGCGGAAGUCAUACUUAUUCCCGUGUGGUCCCUCUUGUCACUUCUUUGGAUGAUUGUAUCGGCCGUGGUAUACCCUAUAUUUUGGUGCCUUUGGGGGAUACUCUCUGCUCCAAUACGUCUCAUUCUUGGUCUAUCCGAUUUUGUGGGAUUUGUCUAUAAUUACAUAUAUGAUUUAGUUGGAGAAAUAUCGCUUAUUGUGAGUGGCAUUUUUAAGUUAGCUUCAACUGCUGAGACAACAGUAAGCACGUAUGAGGUUUCUAUUUGGCGUUCUCUUUGGAGUGACCUCUUCUCCCAUGUUUUUCGUGCUGUCCGGAGUAUUUUAAAUGGAUUUGUUGCAUUUUUUACAGCUUGCAAUAGACAUCGAUUAAGCAUAUAUAAUCAUAUACAGGAGUUCAUUCGAACACUUAAUCAGCCAUCUCAAAGGUCACAGCCCAUGAAUUCUACUCAUCCACCACAGGGAUCUGGAAGUCAAAUUCCGCCUGAGGCCGUCGGGGAACGGAAGUGGCCGCCCCGGAGACACUUUAAACAGAGUUGAUAUCCAAUGUAAAAGUAUUUUGUUCAUUUGCAUAGCAUAUAUUACUAUAUACUUAGUAUAUAUAGAUGAAUUACUCGCUAACCGGCCCAAAAAUGUAUAUAUAAACGCCAGUUAUGUCCAUAGUGAUAGGUAUGUCCGUAUGUGUAUUUAGUUAAUGUUAUUGUGUGUUGUUUUGUUGUUUUUUCCAAGCUACUGAUGUAUUCGAGUUCGUUUAUUUAUGAGAUGUAAAUAAUGUCAGGCAAA